GACGCGCCACCACUCGCCUCCGCCCCCGCCCCCGCCCCGACAGCGACCGCGCAGCCGAUCCAUUCCAUCCGGCCAGCCGCACCGUUCGCCGCGAAGCAGCAGCCGGCCGGACGGACCCGAUGUCGACGAGCUCCGCCGACUCGUCCCCGCCCGUGUCGGGCCUCGACUACGACGACACCGCGCUCACCCUCGCCCUCCCCGGCUCCUCCUCCUCCUCCGCCGCCGCCGCCGACCCCGCGGCCGCCGAACGCAAGCGCGCCGGCGCCGCCCAUGCCGACCACGACAAGCCGCCGUCUCCAAAGGCGAGGGCGGUGGGGUGGCCGCCGGUGCGGGCGUACCGGCGAAACGCGCUGCGCGAGGACGCGAGGCUCGUCAAGGUGGCCGUGGAUGGCGCGCCGUACCUGCGCAAGGUGGACCUCGCGGCGCACGGCGGCUACGCGCCCCUCCUCCGCGCGCUCCACGGCAUGUUCGCGUCCUGCCUCGCCAUCCGCGGCGACGGCGAGGGCACGACCAAGCUCGUCGACUCCAUCACCGGCGCCGAGUACGUGCCCACCUACGAGGACAGGGACGGCGACUGGAUGCUCGUCGGAGACGUCCCAUGGAAGAUGUUCGUCGAGUCUUGCAAGCGGAUCCGUCUCAUGAAGAGCUCCGAGGCCGUCAACUUAUCGCCAAGACGAUCAUCGAGAUGAUCGAGAUCGACACUCCCAUGCGUGCAAGCAAGAACGGUGCAACUAUUAUGCCUGUCUGAAUUAGUUUGUCAGAACGUGUGUGCAGUGGAAGAGGCUUGGCUGUUCAGGUCCUCCAUGCAUGUACCUAUACCGUAGUAGGAUCAGCGAUCAGCCAGAUUGGUGUGUGUACUGUACAGGCCACAAAGGAACUUGCUUUCUCUUUCGGUCAGGUGCUCCCUGCCGGAUCACGGCCCGCCGGUUUGGUUUUUGGACGACGACGGCGAGGAUCCAAGGGAGGAGGCGCCGUGCACCCCCGGCGGUGUGCUUUGUCAGCUACUGUUUGUAGUUUCGUUUCAUGAUUCGGUUUCAGUCACUGCCAGCGCCUUGCUGUGUGUCAAAUUUGCAAGGGUGUAUACAAUGAUACAUGCUACAGUAGUUGUUGUUGAUGAUGUUGUUGUCGCUGUUGCUGUUGUUGACUUUGUUUGUCCAUUGAUAUGCAUUGUAAGGUCAAAUAUACAAGCACGUUAUGUCAUUUCUGUUGGGCUUUUGCUGUCUCCUUUUGCGCAUCCUUUCCAUUUAGUG